UUCAAGUGCGGUUAAUUAUUUGUCGUGCUGUACGUGCAAAUUGACGACUGCUUGAAACCGCGGGCUGCGUCCCAAACCACGUACUUGCGUACUAUAUAGUAUCUGAAAUACAUGUAUCUCAAAUACAUGUUUGGGACGCAGCCGUGCUCUCUUGUUUGCCGUCAAACGGUUGAGCGCUGCUGUGUGUGUACGUGUCCUGUCGCGAAAUGCGGUGAAAACUCACACAGGACGUUAAUAGUGUGAUUAAGGUGUGUACACGUCUGUAACGCACUGCGAUAAUGCGACUAAAACAGGAGUACUCCACACGUCUCAAUUUGAUUUGUGUUUACUUCGAGUAUGACUUUAAUCGGAUUAAGGUAAUAAAGAAUUGCUGUUUACAUGCUAGUUUCAUAAUCAGAGUCUCGUCUCAAUCGGGUUAAUAUCGGAUUAUUGUCGUUUGGUGACCAGAAGAGUCAUUUAAACAAUGUGUUUGGCGUCAUCAGUUGGUCAGAAGAAAAGAGAAAUAACGGGUUAUAUCUUUCCCAGGGAUGUGGGGGAGACUUUAAAAAUUAAAAAAAAAAUAAAAAUUAUUUAUUUCACCACUUAGGCUACUGAUGGUAAUACGAAGGAGGAGUGGAGUACGAGUGUAUUCAGUGCCACUUCUCCGACGCUAAGGGCUUUCUGAUAUUUCUCCUGAUCAUAGUAAUGACAGUUGUGGUGGGUGGUUGACGGUUUUUAACGGUCGCUGCUCGUGCGGUUUAAAAUUUAAUUUAAAAAAAUAAAUAAAAAAAAAUGGUCCCACGCGGAUGCGCGUGCAUGGCUUUGAUCCUCGCUGCUGGAUCGUCAGUCAUCCUAAACGAGUGCAUCGAACUCAAUGGAAUAUCUUAUAAUGGGGUGAAACGGAUCAGUUCCUCUGGACAGAACUGCUUAAACUGGUUAGAUAUAAGCAACACGUACAACCUGAGCAUUGACUUGAACGCUGACCCAGGAGAGUGGGAUCACAGCUACUGCCACAACCCAGACGCCUCUGACGAGCCGUGGUGUUUUGUAGCUUCGGAGGAAGAGGGUAUUGAGAGACAAGACUGCGUCUUAGAGACGUGCCAAGGUAUACAAGUACAGACGAAGCCACCAAAUAUCCGUCCAGCGCUUAGGGAGAGUGUUGCAGUGAAACUCGGCCCUGGUGUGAACAGUAGACCGAACCUCAGACCCAAGAAGAAAAAAGACCCUGGAGCUUUUGGCUACACACUAACGGCCCUUCUCAUGCUGAUCAUCAUAGUGCUGGGAACAGGAAUAGCUGUGAUCUACUUCUGUAAGAAGAGCCUGAAACUAAAGAUGGAGCAGGAGCAGAGGGCCCAUGAGCAGGAAAUGCACAGGCUCAACCUCCCGCAGUCGGCCUUCUGCAACGCUGCCUGCGAUCUCGCUGACGAGAACAGAGGACAGACGGAUAACGAGAAAGCCUCUGAAAAACAUACGAACGCAGACCAGACAGAAGAAGUCGUUAACGUCGAGAAAGACGGGGUGAUUUAGUGUCCUCAUUCUAGGAAGAAUAUAAUGCUGCUUUUUCAAACUGGAGGUUACACACUGAUGAACAUUAAGCCCACCCGACUCAAAGCUAACGCGAUUCUUUGGUACUAAAUCAACACGGCUCAGACAUCUAAUCUUUUCUAAUGAACAGGAAAUACAGUAGAGGCGGCCUGUGCCAUUUCUCCUCAGUAUUAUUUUGCUUCUUGAUCCACGACUUCGUGUUUAGUCUGAUGGCGAAACGAGGAAAUGAGAAUAGUUUGCGCAACUAUGGGAACAGUAGUCAAACACGGUUUAUUUCAGUAAUUAAAAGGUUCACAAAUAUUACACAUUUUUAUGUGAAGAAAAAAUAUCAAUUCAAAUAUUUGUAUUUUCCCACUUAUGAAUGCUAUUUUGUAGUCUUAAGCUACAUAAUUAGUUCACCAAUUAGAGUUUUAUUGCAGCCUUUUGUUUGAUAUUCCUACCACUUUUUUAAAUAUUUAUUUUUAUACUGUUUGUAGCGGUCUUUGCAUCCAAAAAUGCAAAGUCCUUUCUCGCUUAUGCUAAUCCCAAAAUAUUGGCUCCUUAUAUGGUUCUGUUAGUUCUUGCACCAUCUGCUAGUCAAAGAGUAAAACAGCUACAUCAAAACCCGACUCCACACCGAGUGCGCUGAGAUUGCACGUCCUCCCCGUUCUUCAGGGGUUUCCUCCGCCAGUCCAAACACAUGUUUGAGGCUGACUUGCAUUUCGAAAUUGUUUGUAGUGUGUGAAUGUGUGCCCUGCGAUGGGUUGGCACCCCAUCCAGGGUGUUCCAACUUAAGAGAUGAUCUGAAUGAACUUGCCUCAUAGACAUUCCACAAUAAAUGCAUAAAAAGUAUCAUUUUGUUUAAUAAAUAAUUAUAAUUCAUGACCAGUUCUUAUAUACUGAUAUUG